CAAUGGACAAACGCAUGUGGACUGAUGAAGAAACUGAAGCAUUUGUUGGUUUCAUGGAGGAGUGUGUUGUUGAUGGUUUAAAAGCUGAUUGUGGACAAUUUAGACCAGGAACUUUUGAAAAAUUAGCCUUGAAGAUGUUGGAAGCAUUCCCAACUUGUACGGUAACUGCCAAGCAUUGUAAGAAUAAGCAUAAGCGACUGAAGGAGAAGUAUCAAUAUGCCUCUGAGAUGCUGGCAUGCAGUGGAUUUGGGUGGAAUUCUGAAAAACAGUGCGUAGAUGUUGACAGUAGAGCGUUCUUGAUGCGUGGAUGAAGGCACACCCAACCAAAUUUUAUACUCCUGGUAAGCCAUUCCCUUUGUUCCACCGAUUAGAGGGUAUAUUUGGAAAGGAUCGAGCCACGGGUGCAGGUGCAGUCAGUGGUUUUGACGCACAGGAGCAAGUUCAAGAGGAGGAGGAAGAUCAUUGUCCAAGUUUGGACGAUUUUGGAAUGUCAGCAAAUGUAAGUUUUCAUGAUGGACAAGGAGCAGGUUCACACUCUGAUGCUUGUGUAGCUAGCGGAAGGCAUUCGGGAAAGAAGCAGAAGCAAAAUGAUAUUCUAGAGAGGAUGGUUGAACAGGUGCAAUUUUUGACUGCUGAACAAGGAAGGAAUGCCCAAGUUCUUGCUGAUGUUAUAUCUGGGGUGAAUGAGAAGUUCAUGGUCGGUGAGAAGCUUGAACAGCUUGGAUUCGAUAACGAUGAGGUGGUGCAGGUUGCAGUGAAGUUUGCUAAUAAUGCACAGAUGGAGAAGGUUUUUUGGGGUUUGAAGGAUUCUCAGAAGAGUGGUUAUGUGCGAUCCAUUCUCAAUUAGAAUAAGUGGUUCUAGUUAACGAAUCUUGUUGAACAUAGUUAGGAUGAUUUAGUUAUUUUUAUGAAUUCAAUAACUAGUUAGGAUGAUUUAGUUAUUUUUAUGAAUUUAGGAUG